UAAACAUACUGACAACGUAAAUGCUGUGAGGUCAGUAAAAUUUGUUUGGUGUAACCUUUGAAAACGCUGACGUUCGAGUUGUGUUAACUAGUUUAGCCGGAACAAGUUUUGCCCGCUGUUAGCUAACUUUGUCAGUGCUAGCGGUGUAGCAUAAAAGUGCACUUUUACAUAGAAUAAAUAUUAUUGCUAAAAAUAUCACGAUUACCAGCAGCUUUUCAGAUAUGGAGGAUGACAGAGUGGAUGCUGGACAUCAGAAAACAAACGUCCAUGUGGAGGUCCAUGUUAAACCCCACUGCACAGCUAAACCGUGUGAGGUGAGGAUGCAUAUUCUGACUCUGCUGAGUCGCCACAGCAUGGUUUUUGGAAGCUACAGAUGGACAGAGUUUGAUGAAGAGUUUCUCCAGAAGAAUGUGGAAUCGGUGGCCGUGGUUGAUAUAGAGAAAAUGCCCCUUGAUUUGAAGAGCUGCUCUCUGGCUAUUCAUGUCUUCGCUCUGAAUGAAGACGGUCCUAGCACACUUAGUUUGGAAGAUGAUGAGGAGCUUUCAGCAGCCAAUCACUGGUUGCUCCCAGCAGCGGAGUUUCAUGGAAUUUGGGACAGUCUGGUAUAUGAUGAUGGGGUCAAAACUCAGCUCUUAGAUUAUGUCACAACAACAAUUUACUUCUCAGACAAAAAUGUAGACAGCAACCUGAUAUCAUGGAACCGUGUUGUUCUUCUUCAUGGACCCCCAGGCACAGGGAAGACAUCACUGUGUAAAGCUCUUGCCCAGAAGCUGUCAAUUAGACUGUCAAGUCGGUAUACUUAUGGACAAUUUAUAGAGAUAAACAGCCACAGUUUGUUCUCAAAAUGGUUCUCUGAGAGCGGCAAGCUGGUCACAAAGAUGUUUCAGAAGAUCCAACAACUGAUAGAUGACAAAGAUGCUCUUGUUUUUGUUCUGAUCGAUGAGGUGGAGAGUCUAACAGCUGCCAGAAAUGCCUCCCAGGCAGGAACGGAACCUUCUGAUGCCAUCAGAGUGGUUAACUCGGUACUCACUCAACUGGACCAAAUUAAACGACAUCCCAAUGUUGUGAUCCUAACGACGUCCAAUGUCACAGAAAAGAUUGACUUGGCGUUUGUGGAUAGAGCUGACAUCAAGCAGUACAUUGGCCCUCCAUCUGAGAAUGGCAUCUAUAACAUCUACCUCUCCUGCCUGGAGGAGCUGAUGAAGUGUCAGAUAAUCUACCCCCGGCAGCAGCUUUUUACCUUGUUUGAGUUGGAGACGAUGGGUUUUGCAGAGAGUGAGGUGUCUGAACACAGUCUGCUCCUAAGGAACAUCGCUCUAAAAAGUAAAGGUUUGAGUGGUCGAGCCCUCAGGAAAUUACCGUUUUUAGCCCACGCCCUUUUUGUAAAGACACCAACGGCCACUCUUGAGAAGUUUCUGGAAGCGAUGGCUUGCACAGUGGAUAAACAGAAAGAGGAAAAAUCCAACCUGAUCAAUGGUUUCUAAAAACAUAUGGUAGCCCCCUCCCACAAAACAAGGUUUCAUGAACUGGUGUGAAGCUACACUAGUUAGUUUGUGAUGUUAUCCUAAAAGCAUUGGCUCUGUUUGUGACAGUAACAUGUUUAACAUAAAAACUCAGAGCAUUCCUUCAGGAAACCGCGUUGGUGCUAUAAAACUAAACCAAAUCAGACAUUU